GCUCACUCUCCCCGGGAUCAUGGCGGCCUCUUCGUCGUCGGAAACGUCCGAUUCCUCCGACUCCUCGGCCUCCCGCAGCCGUCGCCGCCACCACCGCAGCCGACGCGACAGGGACAGAGAGUCUCUCAAGGUUCGUAAGAAGGUAAAGGACAAAAAAUCCCAUCCCAAGCGUCGCCGCCGGCACCACCGCUCCUCAUCCUCCCCCGAUUCCUACGAGUCUUCUUCUUCUGAUUCAUACUCCAGAAGUGAGAGCUCAUCCGAUAGUGAGCCUGAAACAUCUAACCAUUCAAAGAGGCCUAAGAAAAGCGAUAGGUCGAAAAAGAGCAAGGACAAGGAUAGAAGAAAGAAUCAUCGUCAUAAGCGUCAGAAGCUAAAGGCAAAAGAGAAGGCACGGGAAGAGAGAAAGAGCAGUCCGGUCCAACUUUCUAAGUUUUUAGGACGUGACAAAGAUGACGGUGUGCGUCGAAGUGCUGUUUCGGGGAAAAAGAUACUGUUGAAGGUGGAGAAGUCAAGAGAGGACAAAGAGGCAGAGAACAAAAGAAAUGAAUUACUGAAAUUCUUGAAUGCCAACUUUGAUUGACAGCUCCGUUUCUGGAAAUGUAUGAUUGGAGAAGUCAUUAGGUGCCGAACUAUGUGUGCUAAUCUUCCGAUGAUAAGGCAGUCGGACAGAACAGCAAGGUGAUGUUCGUAUGACAUGCAAAGAUUUGCCGGUCAUGGAGCUGCGUUUUGUGGUGAAAGCAAAGAAGUACUUUUGAUUGAGCUUUGUGUGUUGUUUGAACUUUGAAUCUGAGUCUUUCCAGAUGGGUAGAAUGUGUUCUUUUCACGUUGUUAUGUUACUAUGAUUGUGAAUGGUGCCAUAGAUUUACACUGUUAUUUAUGUGCCAUUAGAAAAGCUUGGUGGCUAGCUUUUGUGAACCCAUUUACUUGCUGAGUUACUAAUUGAUCGUUUGAGUAUUUAUAAAGUCGGGGUUGUUUGGAUGGGUGUUUCUCACGAGGGAAUGUGACAAUUGGACCACAUUGUCUCAUUUGGCAACCCAAAAGCAAAAUGGAGCAAUUUGGGCCGGGGAAUUAGAAUUGGAUCAUUAGGGUGCAAUUGGAAAAACCUGGGUGGAGGGGGAGGGAAUUAUAAUUGACGCGUUUUCCCCAUCUCUUCCAAAAGUGACCUUCUCAUUUUUUCCUUCUCUCUCUUCAGUCUUCACAGAGACGAAACCUUUCUUCUCUCUUUCCCAUCUUUCUUCAACUGUCACCGAUAAAAAUCCCUUCCUCUCUUUCCCGUCUCUCUCUGAUAGACGUAGACGGCAUGCAACGGCGAGAACGAGAUCGCCGAUCUUGUCUCUUUCGUUUUUUGUAGACUUUCUGAUCUAGGCUUCGAUGGCGAGACCUAAAUCUGGCAGAGCGAAGACGAGUCAAAGAGAGGAAUAGAGAAGCUCUUCGGAGAAAGUGAUUAAUUGAGUUCGAGUUUUCAGAGGUUGAUCUUUGUCUUUGCCCACGCUUUCUGUUUUGAACUAGCAAUUUCCUUUCCUCUAAAAACUAGAGUUCUUAGAAGCUAGAUUUUUCUUCCCCUGCAACCUAUGUCUUCAUCUGACUAUGAGAAAGUCAACUUUGUGGUAGGGAUGAAGAUGAACAAGCAAAGAAGAAGUCAAAGAAAGAAAAUGAAGGAGAGCUCAAUCUUGUUUUUCUUUAUUGUGAGCCAUCACCAACGGAUGGAGUUGAAACCCAGAUUUGGCUUUAACAAAUCAUGUUCUUUUUUUAUUGUGGUUUGUUAGUGUUCUAAUCGAAAUUUGGAUUUGUUGGAUAUAGUGAAUCUGCUCGAAUUUCAAUUUGGCACGGUUGAAUCUGCUAUAAUUACCGAUUAUAGAUUUGUGGAUGAUAACUCGAGGGGAUUCCCUGAGAACUAUCCAGAAAGAAAACCCAGAAAAGGUC